UUAUUAAUGUGGUGUAUCACGUUGAUCAAUUUGUGAAUAUUGAACCACCCCAGCUGCCCAGAAACCAAUCCUACUUGAUCGUGGUGAAUAAUAAUUCUUUUAGUGUACUGCUGGAUUUGAUUUGCUAGUAUCUUGUUGAGAAUUUUUGCUGCCCAUAAUUCUCCUUUUUAGUGGGGUUUUUGGUUUUGGAAUAAAGGUAAUUUUGGCCUUGUAGAUUGAGUUUGGAAGUUUUCCUUCCAUUUCUAUUCUUUUGAAACAGUUUGAGAAGAGUAGAUAUGAACUGUUCUUAAAUAUCUGGUAGAAUUCUCCUGGUAAGCCAUCUGGCCCUGGACUUUUGUUUAUUGCGAGAUUUGUGAUUACUGAUUCACUUUCUUUGCUGGUAAAGGAUCUGUUCAAAUUUUCUAUUUCUUCCUGUUUCAGCUCUGGUAGUUUGUAUGUUUCCUGGAAUUUAUCCAUUUCUUCCAGAUUGCCCAAUUUGCUGGCAUAUAACUGUUCACAAUAUUUUUUUGUACUUGUUUUAUUUCUGUGGUGUUGGUUGUGAUCUCUCCUCUUUAGUUUGUGAUUUUGUUUUCUUGGUUUUUCCUCUUUUCUUUUUGAUUAAGUCUGGCCAGGGGUUCAUCAAUUUUAUUAAUUCUUUCAAAGAACCAGCUUUUUGUUCCAUUGAUCUUUUCUACUGAUUUUUUGGUUUGUUUCUAUAUAAUUUGUUUCUGCUCUAUGUUUUAUUAUUUCCCUUCUUUUGCUGGCUUUAGGCUUUAUGAGACCAGCUGGAAAUCUUUGAAAGCAGAGGAGGUUGUUCCUCCCCUAUGGUUGGCGUGGCCAGCUGGAUCAACUUCCGCUGGAUAUUUGCUCCGAGAUUCUGCAGCUUUGAGGUCUUGGGAGAUCUGACGUACAGCCGGCAGAAGGACUUGCUCUGUUUAUCAGCAGUCAUUGGACUUCAGCAUGAUUACUCCCCAGUUGCUGGCUUAUGUGGCAAUUUCAGUUUCCUGUGUCUUAAAAGUCAGCUCCCUGGAUACCUUCAUUGCAGCUGUUUAUGAACACGCCGUGAUAUUGCCUAAUACCACCCUAAUACCAGUGUCCCGUGAAGAGGCAUUGGCGUUAAUGAACCGAAAUCUGGAUCUUUUGGAGGGAGCGAUCACUUCAGCAGCAAAACAGGGUGCACAUAUUAUUGUGACUCCAGAAGAUGGUAUCUAUGGCUGGAAUUUUAACAGAGAAACUAUCUAUCCAUACUUGGAGGAUAUCCCAGACCCUCGAGUGAACUGGAUCCCUUGUAAUUAUCCCAACAGGUUUGGCCACACCCCAGUGCAAGAAAGACUCAGCUGCCUGGCCAAGCACAACUCUAUCUACAUUGUGGCAAAUAUUGGGGACAAGAAGCCAUGCAAUGCCAGUGACCCUCAGUGUCCCCCUGAUGGCCGUUACCAGUACAACACUGAUGUGGUGUUUGAUUCUCAGGGAAAACUGGUGGCACGCUACCAUAAGUACAACCUUUUCAUGGGUGAGGAUCAAUUCAACGUACCAAAGAAGCCUGAGGUUGUGACUUUUGACACCAUCUUUGGAAGAUUUGGCAUUUUCACAUGCUUCGAUAUACUCUUCCAUGAUCCCGCUGUUACUCUGGUGAAAGAUUUCCACGUGGAUACCAUAGUUUUCCCAACAGCGUGGAUGAAUGUCUUGCCACAUUUAUCAGCUGUUGAAUUCCACUCGGCUUGGGCAGUGGGCAUGGGGGUUAACUUCCUUGCAGCCAACAUACACCACCCCCACAAGAGGAUGACAGGAAGCGGCAUCUAUGCACCUGACUCUCCAAGAGCAUUUCAUUAUGACAUGAAGACAAAGGAGGGAAAACUCCUCAUCUCACGACUGAAUUCUUCUUCAUACGACCCUGGAGUGGUAAAUUGGGCUUCUUAUGCCAGUAGUAUAAAAGCAUUCUCCACAGGAAAUCAGGAAUUUAAAAGUACUGCGUUUUUUGAUGAAUUCACCUUCUUGGAGCUCACAAGAGUCACAGGAAAUUACACAGUUUGUCAGAAAGAACUCUGCUGCCAUCUAAGCUACAAGAUGUCUGAGAAGAAACCAGAUGAAGUUUAUGCCCUAGGGGCAUUUGAUGGACUACAUAUUGUCGAAGGGAGUUAUUAUCUACAGAUUUGUACUCUGCUGAAGUGUAAAACACCAAACUUACGCACUUGUGGUGAUGCGGUUGAAUCUGCUUCCACCAGGUUUGAAAUGUUUUCCCUCAGUGGCACUUUUGGAACCCGAUAUGUCUUCCCUGAGGUGUUGCUGAGUGACAGUCAGCUUGCACCUGGGGAAUUUCAGGUGUCGAGUGAUGGACGCUUGUUUAGCGUGAAGCCGCCAUCAGGACCUGUCUUGACCGUAACUCUGUUUGGGAGGUUGUACGAGAAGGACUGGAUAUUAAAGGCUUCAUCAGACCUCAGGGCACAAGCGCCGGGAGUAAUGCUCGUAGUUAUAGCACUGACUGUGUGCUCAUUCAGUUGGUCUCCUAUAGGCUGAAUUAUGUCCCCCCUCAAAUUCACGUAUUGAAGUCUGAAUUCCAUACCUCAGAAUGUGAUUGCAUUUGAAGAUAAAGUCUUUUAAGAGGUAAAAUGAUGGCAUUAGGGUGGGCCCUAAUCCAAUAGGACUGGUAUUCUUAUAAGAAGAGAAGGUUAGGACAUAGACACUAUGGAAACUAUGUGAAACUAUGUGAAGACACAAAGGAAGAUGGCCAUCUACAAGCCAAGGAGAAAGGCCCUCAGAAGAAAUCAACCCUGUUGACAGUUUGAUUUGGAUUUCUGGCCUCCAGAAUUUUGAGAAAAUAAAUUUCUGUGGUUUAAACUAA